AUGCAGAAGCAGACUAACGCCGAACCACCGUUAUCGCCAACGACAGGUAGCGGUUUUGGUACGCCUCUGCCGCUGCAGGACGAGACCCCUGAAGACCACGCGCAUGUGGAGGGAAAUGACGCUGCUCAACACUUUCUUGAACUCCUGUCACCUAGUUCGCGCGGUGGCAAUGCAUCGGCAUUGAAGAAAGGUAAGAAGAACACGAACCGUAGGUUACGCUUUGAUCCAACUUUGCGUGUGGUAGAGGCGGCAGAAGCUCCGGUGCAAGCCAACACCGAGGACGGCUCUUCAAGUGAGGAAGACAGCGACUCGUGGCGCGGUAAGAGUUUGACCGCAACCGAAGAGGGAGGGUUGUCAGAUGUUCCCGAACCUGAAUUAACAGAGUUGUCUAACCGCCAGGUAACAAGAAGGCCGCCGUGGUGGGUGCAUCGGUGGUCUGAGCUCUCGCUAUUUCUUAACAGCACGCGUAGUGGCGGUAAACGGGGGAGUACACCGGUCGAUGCUGUCAGAGAUCAACUUUCAGCUGACCUCGUUGCUGCACAGUCGCUUCAGCAAUUUGUGGGGCGUGACGAGUACGAACAAGUAGCGGAGGUGAUUUCUGAGCAAAAUCAACUCUUGCCUGGUGGAGCGGAGCGUAAUACCAGUAGAAUGGUAGCUGGGCUAUUGCCACCGUGGCGACGUGAGGGUAUGGGGAGGGAGAUGAUAGAACAUCUCGUAGGAAAAAUUCAAGGGUGGCUCCGAAAUCUCUGCGAUAGUGUAAAAGGGACCUCGGGUGGUGAUGUGCAAAAAGUCUUUGGAGGCGAAGAACAUGAUGGAUCUGAUGGUAUUGUAGCGGCUCCCUUUUGUCCGGCAGUGAAGAGGGCGCAUCGGUCUAUGGUACAAAAGUCUCUCUUUCAUGAUCUUGUUGUACCAUCAACAGAUAUUUGGAGUGGAAGGGCAUAUCAGGUUUGUGAGGGGCUUCGAACUCAAACGCCGACGAUCCAUUUUGAGUACGUCACAGACGAAAGCGUCAGACCGGUUUUUCACUUGUCAUGCUUGCAUUAUAUUGACGGAGGGGAAAUGCCGAUGUCCGCUGUGGUGCAGGAGGCGCAAAAACGCCGUUCCCUUGUGAUUCAUAUCGACUACGUGCGUUUUCGGCCGUCCUCUCCACCACAUUCCGAUAAAACCACUGAUCAUCAAAUGCGGGCACGUGGUGGAAAUCCCACACGUGAUGCAGUGGUAGGCGUUCCAACCGCUUCCGUUUCAUCGGGGGCGAACGCCGGCGGUGGCGAAGGUCGUGCAGCUGCGGCGCCGGUAAACUUUAGUCCGCAUGAUGAGCUGGUCUCUAGCAUUCUGGAUAAUUAUGAACCGUAUCGCAUGAUGGAAUUGAACCUGUUGCCACAUCUGAAGAACCGUACUUUCUACGAGGACCAACUGCGGAGUCUCCGCUCGCAUCGUAGUCUCACAGAGGAACAGAGAAGGUUGAUGAUCACACUGGAAAAGUUGCACAAACUUACAUGUAAGCUACAACACUCGUACCUCUCUGGGAUGGUGACGUCAUGGAGGCAACUCUUGCAAUUAGGUAGGGGGAAUUUUGGAGGAAUAUCCACCUCAUCGGAGCAACCUGACACUGAGGGAAGACGACGCGAAUUUUUCGCGGCCCACGUGUCGCCGUUUCAAGUUUCAAUGAAUGGCACAACCAACAGCUUUGGGUCGCCGUCCGGAUUUAUUAUUGGGAAUGGGGAAUCUGCUUCCAUGUUAGUUGAUCCUUCAGUUACAGCUGAAGUGCAGCGAAAUGCAUGUUUUCAUUUGUAUUUAAAGCGUGAAGGCUCCAAGGUGGACGCCCAUACUGUUAAAGAUGACCGCUUGCUCGACUAUUCACCUGUUAUUGAGGGUCUCACGUUACCGGUGGGAACGCAAGAUGAACCAGCACAACAUUUCCAGGUUCUUCUCUUUGCUCGUACGAACGCCUUCACCCAGCCCCAGUUUGUAGGGGCUACCGAGCCACGGGUAAUUAACGCCGUGAAGGUUGUAUUCUUCAACGAAACAUUUGAACUGCAUACACUUUCGGAUCCAGAGGAGAUACUACUGCAUGUUAUCGCUGUGGGUGGUGUGAACAACAGACGUGUUGUCACCACCAUACGUAUGGAACCCUCUCUCACACAGGCGUGCCUUCUGCUUCCAAUGCAAAGACCCAUACCAUUCACACACUCAGGACAUAGCCACAAAAAAUACGAGGGAAGCGUCAUAUCGGGGACAGCUUGUAUUUCAACAAACUGGACCACACAUCACGGGAUGGCCAUGCAUGAAAUAGAGGACCUAUUUCUAAAUGGGGAUGCCGACCCAAUGGACCCCAAAUAUAGACCAUUGUUGAAUACUCUAAAGGAUCACUACGCGGUGUCAAAGACGCAAACGGCUGUAUCGGUGAAUGGCGUGAGCAAAACAGGAGCGAACGCAGGGGAUAAUGUUGUACCGCAGGUGGGACGUGUAGUGGGACCGGAGCCAGCUCUGUACAAAGGGUUACCGACGAGACAUCCCAAGGAGAGUAAACGGCUACAACAGUUACGUCAUCGCUGGGCCAUUCGCUUAAAUCGUGAGGAGCCGCGCGAUGCAGCGGAGGCACACCUUUUUUCCCAGCCAAUCCCUUUGGACGACUCAGACAGCUCCGAUUUUGCUGCGGCAUGCAAACAUUGCGUAGAGAAUAGGGAAUUCAUGCAGACGGCGCCUGAUGAGCUGCACGAGGGGUUUGUGCAGGGUUCAUCGCCGUCGUGUCUUUCACUGAGUCUACUCUCACGGCGAGAAAAACUGAAGCUGUGGCAGCAACGUCUCCGUUUUCAGAAGAGUAAAUACACCAACUCACGUAAGGUGGAGGACCAUGAGAUUCAGGAGCGACACGUCAUUAUCCCAAAACUUUUACCAGCCAAACCAAUACACUGGACGGCUGAAAGUCAACUGAAUCCGCGCCGAGGGAAGCGCCCUAAAAUAAGAGACAUCAGCCCUGACUCACUUGCAGUGCUGAGGGAUUCCCGCAUAGUGGUACAUAUCAUGAGGGCAUCUACGCUACCAGUGAGGUCAGAUGGCACACCUCUCGAGCCCUUUAUUGAGGUCAGCUUUGUGUAUGAAACGGUGCACUCACGGAGCGAAGUAGGGUCAACGCCAUCGUGGUUUGAAACACUUAAUAUUCCCUUUAGCCCACCUGACUUUGAUGACGACACACUCUCCCUGAUUGACGACGAUAUUGUGAUAUCUGUAUACGAUAAGGUGGAGAUCCCAAUGCCCCCAACAACUAUAACAGCGGGAGUCAUCUCCCACGAAACGCACUACCGAACCGAGCGCCGGUUGCUGGGAGUGUUACGUGUUCCCUUCUACUCACUUUACACGGCGGAGCAGGCUCGAAUGGAGGGUCUGUACGUUCUUACCACACCCCGUUGGUCUCUUGGGUAUCAUCAAAGUCCGCGGGAGGUCAGCCACGGCGACUCCGGACGAGUGAAACUGAGGCGCCGCGGGUUGCCUUCUCUUCUUCCCACGAUCCAGCUAUACCUGGCCCUUUGGCCACAACCUGACAGGGGGUCACGGGAAGCAGGGGAUGAGUUGGAGAUGCAAAGACUUGUCAAGCAGUUCAAUGUAUCACCACAACUCCGGUAUCUGCAUGAGACUGCCAUGAGGUGGCGACCAAGUGCCCUCAGUAAAAUACGGAAGCUCUCUUCUGUCAACCCUGUGGCGCGCAACCGUAGCAUUAGCCCAUUUGUGCUGUGUACUACAGGAGAUUUAACGUUAGUAUGUCGGUUCCUUCUUGCCGGAGGCGGACCACCUCCGAUUACUGUCACCACUGUGAGUCAAGCCAUUCGCUUUGUGUCGCUGCUUCCUCUUCGCUUAGACAUGCUCCCGGUUCAAAGUAACCGUGCUUGGAACACCAAUGUUGAAGUGCUGAAGGCGCGCGAGUGCAAGUAUGAGGAACUUUCCCUUCUGCUGGCACAUUUUCUCCGAUUCAUUGAACCAAGUGAAGCGACUUACGUGGUAACAGGGCGGGGUCCCAUAUACCAGCGUGUAACAAUGGUGUUGCACUCGUUUGACGGUGAGCUGCGGCUCAUCGAUCCACACGGUGGGGUUGUGGCUCCAGUGCACGACCCCAACUUCAACUUUUUCACUGAUGUUGACAUGGUUGUGUCGCACGACCAGUUGUGGGCCAACAUACAAAUCAGUGGGACACCACACAGGAUGGACUGGAAUUUGCAUGAUGAACGCUUUUGGUUUCCUUGUUUUAACCACGAAGAUGAGAAUGUGAGGGCAUGUUUGCCCUUUAUCGCAGCCAUACAACGAGAAACACUGCAGUUUUCACUACGGGAUACGGGGAAGGAGCGUGAAAUAGAGCACGAGCUUCAAAUAAACGUUCGUCGUGCUCUGGUCCGCUGGCGCAACGGCAAGAAGCCCGCUUUUCAUCAUGGUGUGGCUGCAGCACUGCAAAAAUUGCUUGAAGAGGCUGAAAGUGAGCGACUCGUGUGGGCAAAUAUGUCCCAAGAAAGGGUUAACAGACGAGCUGCCAGACAUCUUAACGAGUACCUCGGUGAGGAGGUCAUGCAUGAUUCACGACGGCCCGGUCAUACCCCAUGCGCGUCGCAUUCGCUUGCAGUCGGUAACCCGUGCCUGCGUAUGGCAGGAAGUCCCAUUAAUUGCGCUUACAUGCCGAACGACACCGGACACCGACUUAUCCUGCAGCGUGUGUUCGAAACGGCUGUACACGAGGCGGCAGCAAAUGACGUAAGCUUCGCUGUAGCCACAUACGUGAGGGGAUAUACACGUGAAGUUUUCUCGAUGUGGGUGUUCCUUGCAGCAUUGUACCGGGUGUAA